AUCUAAUAUUGCGCGUGUAAUUAGUUCGAUAUAUUAGAUCUAAAUAUCGAUUGGGCACUUCUGUGGAUAAAACCACACCAGCGCGGUUUCUCUAAUUCAAGGCCCAGGAAACAUUGGUGCCAUUGAUUUUAGUUUACUUUUUUUAUUUUUUUAAAUCUCGAAUUCGGUAUAGCUUUGUGGUUAUCCUUGAUACGCGGUUGAUAUAAAUAUUGACUUCUUUUGAUUUAUUAUACAGAUUUAAAGUCAUCAAUCGGAAGUGCAAAGAUUUAUAGGGGUUUAAAAUAAUACAGAAAAAUUAAAUGACUUUAGAAUUCAUUUGAGAUAUAAAAGGAGUAAGCCUUGGAUGUUAAUUUUAGUUGGAAUAAAAAUACAGAAAGUACAGUUCAAAAGUGGCGGUGUAAAUCUACUGUCUAACAAGAGAUUUAGCUAAACAAAUAUCACAACAUGUCGUGCGCCAACCCUCCUCCGUCAAUUACAGGUGGCACGGUAAUCACGAGCGGACCAUAUCCCGACACAAGCGUUGCCGUUUACCAAUGCAUCACGGGAUACGCUAUGUCGGGGACGGCAUAUAUCACGUGCUCAACGGGCGUGUGGUCUACGUCACCCACGUGCUCCCUACAAGACACGAACCAAGUGACAGUUAAUCUGAAUGAGGACAGAGAUGAUUUUCCAUCAUGGCUAAGCUAUGUCAUAAUUACCGUUUGUGGUCUUUUAGCCUUGCUCAUUAUUGCUUGUAUAUUUGUCGUCUGCUGUCAGCUGCUCGGUUGCUAUGGAAAAGGGAGUUUAUUCGGGGAACACCAGCCGUGCAAUUCAUUUUGUUGCACCUGUUGCAGAAAAAGAACGAACAGUUACGACCCACAUAAACGUUUAUGUAGAACGUUUCCCCGGCGAUAUGAGUACGACGAACACGGUCGUCGGUACCAUAUUGAUGAUAUUGGCCGACGGUGUUACUACGAGCACAAAAACAACCACACGACUAAAGUGGUUAGCUAUGCCGAUUCGGACGCGCCCGAGUCGAACCAUACCAGUACACCACGUGGCACGUUUGUGACGACAGUUAACGAGGUUAUAGCCGACAAGAGAUCACAGCCGGCCAAAGAGCUAAAUUCCUGGAAACAACACUCACAUCCGGUUAGGACCAUCAACACCAGCACGAAAUAGUUCCCCAAACUUUCCGUAUUUUAUAAUA